AUGCUUUAUAAUCUUCGACUUCCAACCCCAAGUACACGGGGCGCCAACCUGCGUUCAGCAUCCAUUGACCGACACUACGGUCAACAAAGUGGGCUGAACACGGAUGGAGGUCCGGCGGCAGUCAUACUGCGUCGUCCAAAUACUGGCACACCAGUGUCCGUCUCAGAUACCGGUCGUGCCCUCACCAUGUUCUUCCCAACAUCAUCAUCAACUGAUCCCGCCACCUCCAGUACAAAUUCCACUGUCUUCCGAGACCCCCUGUCUGAGGCAAGUAUGUACGAUGAGUCCUUGGAGAGCUGCUGCACCACCACCGCAGGCUCUACCCUCCACCGAUACAGCACUACCACUCUACAGAUGCCUGCACCGUUACGCAGCAAUGAGGAGGCUGAAGAGGAGGAGGAAGACGGUGACGGGGACGAUGAGGAGAAUGAGGGUUAUGGCACUGAGGGUGAUGCAACCGCCGACUCGGAGGGCGAUAUCACGUCAGAGAAUGUGACUGCAGCUACCGUCUCGGGUCACCUAUCGGCGACCGAUUCGCUGAAGUCCGGCCGGCAUACAAUCAGUUCCACCUAUGAUCGCGCCCUAGCAGGUGCGAAGAGAACCCCCAUCGCCGUCUUGACAGCUGAGCGACGAUGUGAGUGA